GGCCUCCAUCCCCAUCUGCCGGGAGAGCUGCCUCCCCGGUAACGCGGGGACCCCCCGGGCGCGCGAUGCCCUCGCAGGGCUUCUACCUCCCAUUAAAGCCCCCUGGCUCUGGGGCUGCGGGGACCACCACGGACCCCCACCAGGUGUCCUCAGAGCGGCACCGCUCAGCCCCGGGAGUCCCGGAGCCUCGCAGGGAGCAGUGAGAGUGGCUCGCUGCCCUCGGAUGCUGGGUGGGGAAGAAGGUGGGGAUGCACUGAUCACAGAGCGACGUGCACCACCCGGCUCCUGCACCCCAUCUGAUCCCACGAGGGCCGUGCUCUGGGUGCAGGAUGCCACGCUCUGUGCUGAGGCUCGGCCCCAGCUGCCUGGCAGAUGGGCUCUGCUCUGAGAGCUGCACCUCCCUGCAGAGCGUGCUUGCAGCCCUGCGCUGGGACAAAACUGGCUCCGUGGUGCCGGGCGCUGCCUGUGCUGCAAAAAGCUGUUCUUGCAGCAGCUCUUUGCAACUAGAAAAGCAGCCCUUCCUGCCCCCAGGUCCAGCCCAGCUGGUGAGCAGUGUCACGCAGGUCUGGAUUCCUGAAGAGCCAACACUGGUCAUGUUCUCAGCCCCAUGGGCCGUGCUGUCCUAGUGGGGCAGUGCUGCAGGGGUGCUGGGCUGUGCCACCAAGCUUGCAGGGAGUCCCUUUGAAAUGGGGGUUAAGGUUCAAGGUGUUCCCCUAGCAAUAGCAAGGCUGUAGUAGGAUGCUCUGGUCUAGCAUCAUAUCUUCCCAGUGUUUGCAAAUCUGGGACUAGAAAACACAAGGGAGCCUGGAGUGGCAUCACUGUGCCCAGGGAUCCUGGGACAUGGACCCUGCAGGGUGAGCAGCAGCAAAUGGGACAAUCCAGGGCAAGAGCCAACUGCUGGGUCUUGCAGCCUCCAGGUUGGGCACAACACAGGAAUGGAUGGAGAUGGCUUAAGGCUGACUAUGGCAAGGCUUUGCUGCAUACCACUACCCUUCUGUCCUGAGCAGCAGCCUGGGGACACAUCCAGGGUUUCCAGGUGUCCUGACUAGAUGUGGGUGGCUGCAGGUCAGUGGCUCUGCUUCUGCCAUCCCAUGCUGAGGCAUAGGUGUUACACGUCCUUGUCCAGCUGGCAAGCAGAAAUGCCCUCCAAGAGCCUCUCUGUGGGGCAGCAGCACUGCGUGGGGGUCAGAGGACAUCUUUUUUGCUGCCUGUUGCUGACCGAGGGUCGAGGACCAGCAGCCUGGUGAGCUGUGCCCACCACCACCCGGCACAACUGGAUGAGGGCCUGCAGCAGGACCUGGGGGCAGGUUGGGCUGCCUCGGCCUGCUGUCUAAGUGUUGGGGCUGCAGUAGGGCUCCUGGGUACCGCUGAGGUGAACACGGCUGCCUGACACCUCCCGGCUGCAGUUCCCCCCUUCUGGGACCGGUGGCAGCAACCGAGCUCCCGCUGCUAUCCCAUCCCCAUGCUCUUCUCAGCAGAGGCACUGGUGGGGAAGAUCGCCAUCCCAGCGUACGCGCUGAGCGACGACGACUGCUCCUCCGGGUACCAGCAGCUGAGUGUGGACAGCGACCCCGAGGAAGGCGGCGAGCCCGGCCCUGCAGCGCUGCCCUGCCGCCAGUGUGGGCUGCAGCUGGCUGCCAGCCUGGGCCAGAACUGCCUGCAGUGCGCCGGCACCGAGGGUGGCCGCAACCAACGCAUCGUGUACACCUGCCAGCUCUGUCCCUUCGCCUCCCACUACUCCAGCCACCUCAAGCGCCACAUGAAGACACACAACGGGGAGAAGCCGUUUGCGUGCCCGCAGUGUGCCUACGCCUCAGCCCAGCUGGUGAACCUGACCCGCCACCUGCGCACGCACACCGGGGAGAAGCCCUACCGCUGUACGGGCUGCAGCUUCGCCUGCAGCAGCCUGGGCAACCUCAAACGCCACGAACGGGUCCACAGCCAGGAUAAGCCCUUCCAGUGUGCCGCUUGCGACUACCGCUGCAACCAGAGCCGCAACCUGAAGCGGCACAUGCUCAGCCACCGCCUGCCUGAAGGCGAGGGGCAGCACCAGCAGGACAAGGACCCAGAGCCGCUGCUGCCGGAGCUGAACCUGCACAUGGGCAGCGGCACCGGCCCCUUCCUGCCCGGCUGCGCACGGCUGCGGGGCGAGGAGACGGCAGCACUGCCCGAGCUGCUCUUCCCCUUUACGUGCCGCAUGUGUGGGCUGGUGCUGGACGAUGGGUUCGCACAAGAUGAGGGCCUGGCCGAGCAGGUCUGUGGGCGCUGCAGCCUGGCGGUGCUGGGCACCGAGCCGGGCGCCAGCCCUCGUAAAGGCACCGGAGAUAAAGGCUUCGCUUGCAGCCUCUGCCCCUUUGUCACCCACUACCCCAACCACUUGGCACGGCACAUGAAGACGCACAGCGGGGAGAAGCCGUUCGCCUGCCCGCUCUGCCCCUACGCCUCCGCCCACCUCGACAACCUGAAGCGGCACCAACGCGUGCACACGGGUGAGAAGCCCUACAAGUGCCAGCUCUGUGACUACGCCUGCGGCAACCUGGCCAACCUCAAGCGCCACGGGCGCAUCCACUCGGGUGACAAGCCCUUCCAGUGCAGCCUCUGCAGUUACAGCUGCAACCAGAGCAUGAACCUGAAGCGGCACAUGCUGCGACACACGGGCGAGAAGCCCUUCCAGUGCCGGGACUGCACCUACACCACUGGCCACUGGGACAACUACAAGCGCCACCAGAAAAUCCACGGCCACACGGCUGAGAAUUGGGUCAACCCACGCAACGCCAAAGCCCUCCUGGCUCCUCCUGCCGUGGACACGGCCCUGCCCUGAACAGCACUUAGCCCGGCUGCAGGGGCUUGGCCCCACGCUGGGCUCCGGGGGGGCCACAGGGCACCCCAAUUCUUUGCCAGCUGCAGCCCCUGCCCUCCCUGGGGGAGGGAUGGGCACAAGCUCUCCUGGGCUCAGGGCUGCCUUAAGCAGGGCCACCGCCCCGGGAGGGGCCUCUUGCAGCCCUAUGCUGCCUGUGGUGGGGCCAUGCCCUUGGCACCACAGGGUGGCACCAGCCUGUUCCUCCUGCCCGUCAGAGCCUUCCUCCGCCAGCGUGUGGGGAAAGGGAGGAGGGGGAGAACAGGACUGGUUCUGUGGCUGCUGCCAUACCGGUCAGUGUAAUUUAUAUUGUGUAUAAAAGCAUUAAACAGUCAGUUUUGUUAUCCGGUA